CCGACCAGGGUGCCACAGCCGGGCGCUGGAAGCCAGAAGAUCCAAAUGCAAGCCCAUGGUCUGCACAAAGACUAAACAAACCAAAGAAAACCGUCAGGGAGACAGUUUGUUCCCAGCUGGGCGUGGAAAAAUCCGCAGAGGAGGGAGAACCUUCUGCUCCCGUCGAGACAUUCCCUGUCUGUGCCCCUUCUGCUUGAACCUGGGCAAGCUUGUGGCUGCUCUGGCCAAUGGACUGUGGCAGGUUGCUGCCAUGUGACUUCCAAGGCUGGGUCUUAAGUAGGAUUCACCUCUUUCCGAAGGCUCCCCUGCAACCCGGCCACUCUGUGUGAGAAAGCCCAGGCCAUUUGAGGGGCCACUUGAGUGUUUUCUGGCCCACAAUAGCCAAUGAACGAGAGAUAAGGUCUCAGCCAGUAGCCAGGCAUCAGAGCCUGCCUUUGAGCCACCCUCAGGGGGUAAUACGUGGAACCAAGGUGGGCUGUCCCCACCGAGUCCCAGCCAAGUUGCAGAUUCAUGGGCAAAACAGAUGUCACUGUAUUUCAUUUGGGGGCAAGCUGUCACACAGCCAUAGUAACUGUAACAGUAUUGGUGUUUAUUAAUUAUCCCCAUUUGACAUAUGAAUAAAUGGAUACAGACGGAGUCUUGUCAAGGGCAUCCUAGCUGGUAAACAGCAGGUGAUCUGACUCCAGAGGCCAGUGCUUAUUUUUAACUUUUCAUUGAAAACAUUUUCAUGGGGGGCUUCCCUGGUGGCGCAGUGGUUGAGAGUCCGCCUGCCGAUGCGGGGGACACGGGUUCGUGCCCCGGUCUGGGAGGAUCCCACAUGCCGCAGAGCGGCUGGGCCUGUGAGCCAUGGCCGCCGAGCCUGCGCGUCCAGAGCCUGUGCUCCGCAACGGGAGAGGCCACAGCAGUGAGAGGUCCGCGUACAGCAAAAAAAAAAAAAACCCCAAAAAAGCAUUUUCAUGUAAAUCAACUAUACUUCAAUUAAAAAAUAAAAUUAAAUAAAAAAGGAAAAAAUCCAUUUUCAAACAGAAGUAGAGAGAAUAGCACAGUUAACAUACAUGAACCGUCAUCCAGAUUCAGCGAUUACCAACUCGUGGCUGAUCCUGAUUUUUCUGUACUUUCAAUGCCUCCCUCCCUUGCUGGGUUGUUUUGAAGCAAAUCCUAUAUAUAUUAUGUCAUUUCAUUUGUAAAUACUUCACUGUUUAUCUCUAAAAGAGAGUCUAGUCUUCUUAAGCACUGUGUUAUCCUAACAACCAGGCCUCCAUCGAGUUGCUGCUGUGGUCUGAGGCAGUUUACCUGGAUGAGCAGGAGACUCAGAUGCCAUUUAUCUGGAUUUCCGAGAUGCACAGCUUGAUGCUGAAUAAAAGUAUCUCAAGCCAUCCAUGUGAAGAAAAAGCUCUUUUCUAAAAAUCUGAACUCAAAUAUGAAAAGCACAGGUCGCUGUGGGUCUUAUUGGGAGCCCAGAGAGCUGGCAGCAAGGCCUCCCUGAACUAUGCAUCUCUGCAGUGCACACUGAUAAACCAUGCUGUGCUUUUGAUUUGUGACAGAUGAAUAUCCUGUCUCAUUAUCCUCAGCUAACCCUCCUAUUUUUGCCCUUUUUGUUGAAAGGAAUUAUUGUUAAUGCAUUUAUUUAAUUCGGGACUCCCAGUCAGACUUCUAAAGCAAAAAGCCAGUCAGCGUGAGGCACCUAGCGUAUUGGGUCUGCAAAGCAAGUGUUAAAUAAUUAUCAUGACUCCAUUGUGCUACCCAGCUGUGCUGUCUCACCUGCCAAAACCCCUCCGGGAGGACCCCACCUUAGGGGAGAAGACCCUUAUCAGGCCAGAGGUUUCUGACACAGAGGCUCAGGCUCUUGUCUGCCCAGGCACAGUGACACCACCAGACCUCACAAAGGCCUCAGGGCUGCUAUAAAUAAAUCACGGCUCUGUGCAAUACAGUCCCUCAAAAGGGCUGUUCCUUUCCAGGACCAAUCAGGGCUUGGAUGGGCAAACAGGAAGCCCCCUAGGCUCGUCACUGUGGCUCUCACAUGCAUGCCCCUGUGUGGGUGCCUGAGCCUAAGCAAGCCCAGCUACGGAGGCACCUUUGUCUCCCACCUGAGCCUUGUUUCAUCAUUCACACCCUGCUCCCAAGGAAGCUCUCCAGGGAGAGAAGAUUCUUCUCCAUCCCCAACCUGAUGGAAAAACAUGACCUCUUGCAAAACCACUAUUUAAGAAGAUGCUAAAGUUGAGAGUGUAGAAAAAAGACAACAAAUGGUGUGUAAGGACAGCACUUUGCAUGUAGGUAAUUGGGUGGUAGGAGGGAUCGCAAAUUCGCUUUGGAAAUCUUAAAGUGGUUAGCAGUUUUCAGAGCAAGAGCUUAGGAAAGGAACCCGAUGACUUUUUUUUUUUUUCUGCAGUGCGUGUCUGGAAACCUCUGGCAAAGUUUUCUAGUUUUUCCUCAUCACAAGGACAAGACCUCUUCAGACAGACCAGUUAGUUUUUCCGAAGGGGAGACUUGCUGAUUUCAAAACUUUGGACCCAGCUGGAAGAUGUUCUCUUCCCUACUUUUGUUUCUUCUGAGGGUUUGUGGAAACACAGCUAUCUUCCAGCCUCAGGACCCGUACGCACGUACAGUAAGUAAGAAGUGGAUGGAAACAGUUCCUCUCACCUCCAUGGAGCUUAAGUUCUAGUGGGGAAGACCCGCAAUAAACAAGACACGUCCCGCAACGAACGCGUUCACGGGCGUCGUGGAAAUCUAGCUUGUGCAUGACGCCCAGCUGCGGCCCAAACCCAGUGACUCAGCCCAGCGCGUUGCUAGGGACGCGCUCCCGCCGUUGCCAGGCCGUGACCCCUCGGGCGGACUCUCGCGAGGGUCCUCGAGACUUCGCGCGGAACCUAGCAGCGGUUGCCUGGAGACCGCGCAGCCCAGGCUGGGCUGGCGCGUUGGUCGGCGGGUCGCGGCCGCCGGGACUCCGGAGCCAUGGCGCCCAAAAAGAAAGGGAAGAAAGGGAAAGCCAAAGGUACCCCGAUUGUUGAUGGUCUCGCUCCGGAGGACAUGAGCAAGGAACAGGUGGUGGAACACAUUGGCCGCAUCCGGGAGGAGCUGGACCGUGAGCGGGUCGAGCGCAACUACUUCCAGCUGGAGCGGGACAGGAUCUACACUUUCUGGGAGAUCACGCGGAGGCAGCUGGAGGAGAAGAAGGCUGAGCUGAGGAACAAAGACCGGGAGAUGGAGGAGGCCGAGGAGAGGCACCAGGUGGAGAUCAAGGUCUAUAAGCAGAAGGUGAAGCACUUGCUGUACGAGCAUCAGAACAGCUUGAUGGAGAUGAAGGCGGAGGGCACCGUGGUCAUGAAGCUGGCGCAGGAGGAGCGCCGUGCGCAGGAGGGUGCCCUGUGCAGGGACAUGCGGGCGCUGCAGGUGGAGCUGAAGGAACAGGAGCUGGCUGGCGAGCUGGUGGUGAAGAACCUGAGGCUGAAACACACUGAGGAGAUCACCAAGAUACGCAAGGACUUUGAGCGGCAGGUGCGAGAAAUCGAGGCCAAGUACGAUAAGAAGGUCAGGAUGCUUAGGGAUGAGCUUGACCUGCGCAGGAAGACAGAGAUCCACGAGGUGGAGGAGAGGAAGAACGGCCAGAUCAGCAUGCUUAUGCAGCGCCACGAGGAGGCCUUCACGGACAUCAGGAACUAUUACAGCGAAAUCACCCUCAACAACCUGGCUCUCAUCAACUCCCUCAAGGAGCAGAUGGAGGCCAUGCGGAAGAAAGAGAGGCACCUGGAGAAGGAGAUGAUGGAGGUGUCCGCGCAGAACAGGCUCCUGGCAGACCCCCUGCAGAAGGCUCGGGACGAGAUGAGCGAGAUGCAGAAGCAGCUCGGGGGCUACAAGAGGGACAAGCAGAUCCUGCUGUGCACGAAAGCCCGUCUGAAAGUCACCGAGGAGGAGCUGAAGAGCCUGCAGUGGGAGCACGAGGUUCUGGAGCAGCGCUUCAUCCAGGUGCAGCAGGAGCGGGACGGGCUGUACCGCAAGUUCACCGCAGCCAUCCUGGAGGUGCAGCAGAAGGUGGGCCUCAAGAACCUCGUCUUGGAGCGCAAGGUACAGGCCCUGGCCACCGCGGUGGAGAAGAAGGAGGUGCAGUUCAACGAGGUGCUGGCGGCCUCCAACCUGGACCCUGCGGCCCUGACCCUCGUGUCCCGCAAGCUGGAGGACGUUCUGGAAUCGAAGAACAGCACCAUCAAGGACUUGCAGUACGAGCUGGCCCGGGUCUGCAAGGCCCACAAUGACUUGCUGCGUACCUAUGAGGCGAAGCUCCUGGCCUUUGGGGUCCCCCUGGACAACGUGGGCUUCAAGCCCCUGGAGACGGCCGUGAUCGGGCAGACGCUGGGCCAGGGCCCCGCAGGACUCGUGGGCACCCCAACGUAGCCCCUGCCCGGGGCCACUGCCCGGAUGACACCCACCUCACGCACCGAGGACGGCAGGUAUUCGUUUUGUAGACGUGCGUCGUCAGCAAAUGAAGGUUUUCACAAGUGCUGCGUGUCCUGUUGCGUGGCUGUGUGGAGAGGCGCCCCCAGGGCCCACGAUGCCGUCCGGCCCCUUCCCCGAGCCCACCAGCUCUGUGCGCACACCCGCCCCCAUCCCACCUGGGGCUGGGCAGCUCCAGCCGAGCGUGCCUAGUGACCGCAGCCGCCUCGCAGAUGCCAGCAGCAACUUUAUUGAAGCCCGAGUGACAGCUGCCACUGGGGAAUCGGGGCCAGAACGUCCCCGGGAAGUGUGACCCUGGUGCCCGUGAGCAACAAGCCUGCCCUGCUGGUCGGGGGCGGCGCAGCCUGCCGUGGUGACGGGUCCGGGCUCGCAGGCCGGCUGCCGGUCAGCCGCUAGCUCCCUCGGUACGUGGUAUAAGACCACGGGCUCAGCAGCAGCGGCACGUGGAACUUGUGGGUCUCGUUUGUGAUGGUGAAAACGACCUGCGGGCAGAGGGGACACCGGGGGAGCCAGGGGCCAGCAUGGAGCGCACUCAGCCUGGCCUCAGUGCUGCCAUGGACUCAGCAGCCCAGACGGCUGACCUGGGGAUGCAGUUGGGGGGCAGGAGCCCCAGGGCCAGCUGGGGGGUGGUGGGUGUGGCUGGGUCCUCCCCAGAGAAAGCACUCGAUCUGAGGGGCCCUGGGCCUGCAGGUUCCCAAGGGGUCCCGCCCGAACAGGUCAACUGAAGGGGGACAGUGAGCUGGACGGGGCUUGGGUGAACCUCUGUCCGCAGGGGCUGAGUCAGCCUGACCCCGGAGCAGGUCAGGGACGGGUGUGAUGUGGUCAAGCCCGGCACCCCUUUCUUCUGGGAGCCCAAAGCAGGUGCGAGGUAGUGGAGGCGCAGGGCCGGCCUGCGGGUCACGGUGAGUCAUGGGCCUCCACCCGUCUGGCCCUCACCUCCACGUACGGGUAGAAGCUCUCCUGGCCCCUCUUCUGCCAGUAGCCCUCAGUGUCGAAGGACAGCUUGUAGGUGCCCGCCUUCAUCUGGCCUGGCAGCAGGAGCCCAGGGCAGCGGCCGUCAGGGUCCGUGUAGCUGGGGAGAGAAAGGGGGGGGUCCCUGCAGAGGGGGCUGAGGAGCUCCCGGCCUGGGUCCCCCGGGGCUGCGUGCCCACCGGCCUCCGAUGUCCCCGCAGCCUGACUGGGACUCGGGUGAGCGGGCCUGGGCGGCUAUGGAGCAGGACAGCCUCCAGGACCUGGGGCUCUGGAGCAGCCCAGGGACACUGCGCACUGUUUGAGAAAUCACAGAGAAGCAGAAGGGAGAAAGUUCCCACAGUCUACCCCGUGAGCAAUAAUCGCUUUAUAUCUGGCAUGUAUACCUUUCAGAUUUUCUCUAUGUGUAAAUAUGCUCAUUUACAAACUUUAAGAACGGGUUG